AUGUCAUUAGAGCAGUCCAAGUGUACCCUCAAUACCAACAAUGAAACUCCUCCUGAGAUUGAUGAAUAUGCAGUGUGUGUAUCUGAGAAUAAGGAGGAUAGUGAUUACCAACUAAUGAAUGAUUAUGAUGAUGAUGAUGCUGGUGUCAUGGAAAGACUUCAAUCCCUGAAGAGUAUCCAUCAGAUUUCCUUAUUUGCUAUCCUGGAACCUUUUUCUGAUAGCUCUCAAAUUCAUCAGUUCAGAAACCAGCUUAACAUGGACAAUGCUAUUAGCAACCCAAAUGGUAAGAUUUGGUUGUUUUGGAACAAAGAUGUGGAUUGUAGGAUUCUGGAAAAUGGGGAACAGGUGAUUACUUGUGAAAUCUUCCAUGUAAUGAAUCCAAACCAAUUCAGAGUUUCAUUUGUCUAUGCAAAAUGCAAAGAUCAUCUCAGAAGACCCUUAUGGGAUAGCAUGUUGCAGCACUCAAAUACAACCCUCCCUUGGUGUACCUUAGGUGACUUCAAUGUUAUCACUGAACCUGAAGAGAAACUGGGGGGUGUUACCUACAAUAUGAGAAAGAGCUUGGAGUUCAUAAGCAUCAUUCAAGCCUGUGGUCUUCAGGAUUUGGGAUUCUCUGGACAGAAAUACACUUGGUCUAAUCAGAGGGGUAUCUUCUUUAGAAUCUGGAAGAGAUUAGAUAGAGGUAUGGUCAAUAACAAAUGGCUGGAAGUGAUGCCUCAGACUACUAUCACUCACUUACCUACUGUUGGCUCUGACCAUUGCCCUCUCCUGUUAGAGUUCACUGAGCACCAUCAACACCACAUCAAGUAUUUUAAAUUCAUGAAUUGUUGGACAGACCACCACUCCUUCAUGGAUACUGUUAGCAACUGCUGGAACAGGAACAUUGAGGGUAAUCCCAUGUGGUGUUUUCAUCAGAAAAUGAAGAGAUUAUCUAAUACUCUUAGUAGGUGGUCCAGGAUGCAGUUUGGGGACAUCUAUGCUAAGGUGAAAGAGUAUGAAGCCAAGGUUAGACAAGCUGAGGAGGAUCUGAUUCUUCUUAACUCUGAGGAAUGUAGAGCCAAUCUUCAUGCCAUCAAUGCUGAGUAUAUUAGAUAUCUUAAGUUGGAGGACUCCAUGCUCAAACAAAAGACUCAGUUGCAAUGGUUUAAAGAGGGGGACAAGAACUCUAAGUACUUUCAUGCAAUCAUCAGAGGAAGAAGAAGGAAACUCUUCAUCCAUAGGAUUCAAAAUGAUGAAGGUAACUGGUUGCAAGGGGAUGAUGACAUAGCCAGGGCUGCUUGUGAUCAUUUCCAGAACAUUUUCACUGGUGAAGACACUCAUAUUCAGGAGGAUGCCCUUCAAUGUAUUCCUAAGCUUGUCACAGAUGAUCAAAACAGGGACCUCCAAGCUUUCCCCACCUUGGAGGAACUGAGGACUGUGGUCUUCUCUAUGAACCCCAACUCAGCAGCUGGCCCUGAUGGAAUGAAUGGUAAGUUUUUUCAGGAGUGCUGGGAGAUCAUCAAAGAAGAUCUAUUCAGAGUGGUCCUUUCUUUCUUUAAUGGUCAAACAUUGCCUAAGUACUAUACUCAUACCUGUUUGGUUUUACUCCCAAAAGUAAGCCAUCCAACCAAGCUCUCAGAAUUCAGGCCUAUUAGCCUUAGCAACUUUACCAAUAAGAUUAUUUCCAAGCUUUUAUGCCUCAGACUAGCACCUACUCUUCCUACUCUUAUUUCCCCUAACCAAUCUGGUUUUGUUAAAAAUAGGAGUAUCUCUGAGAACAUCAUGCUAGCUCAAGAAAUCAUUCACCAAAUUAAGAAGCCUAAUGUAGGUGGUAAUGUGGUCAUUAAGCUGGACAUGGCCAAGGCCUAUGAUAGAGUCUCUUGGUCCUAUAUCUGUUUGGUCUUGAGGAAAAUGGGCUUUGGAGAAGGGUUCAUUGAUAUGGUAUGGAGAAUUAUGUCUCACAAUUGCUUUGCAGAUGAUGUUAUCAUCUUUUCUUCUGGGAGAGCCCAAACUUUGCAACUCAUUAUGGAAACCUUGCACACUUAUGAGAGUACCUCUGGUCAGCUGAUCAACAGAGACAAGAGCCAGUUCAUGGUCCCUUCUAAUGCCUUCAAUUCUACUGUAAGAAGAAUUAAGAAGGUCACUGGCUUCAGGCAAAAGGAUAGCCCUAUCACUUAUCUGGGGUGCCCUCUUUACAUUGGUAGACAAAAGCUCAUAUAUUACUCUGAUUUGAUUGCCAAGGUGGUGAAUAGAAUAACAGGGUGGCAGGCUAAGAUCCUCAACUAUGGAGGCAGAGUCACUUUGGUUAAACAUGUUAUCCAAGCACUCCCCAUCCACCUGCUGUCAGCUAGCUCCCCUCCUGUAACCAUUCUCAAACAGAUUCAGAGUAUCACUGCAAACUUCUUCUGGGGGUGGAAGAAUGACAAGAGGAAGUACCACUGGUCUUCCUGGAAAAACCUUAGCUACCCCUAUGAUGAAGGUGGUAUUGGUGUUAGACAAAUCUCUGAUGUGGCCAAGUCUUUCCAAUAUAAACAGUGGUGGACUUUUAGAACUAAGAACUCACUAUGGGGAGAUUUUACCAAAGCAAAGUACUGCCAAAGAUCCAAUCCCAUCACCAAGAAAUGGCACACUUGA